CUGGCAACUGUGCGCGGGAGUGACACAGUAAGAGGGCCGAGACAGGAGGGAGGGGGUAGAGAGACGCCUCAUCCGCCCAUAUUUUCCCCAUAUUUUGCCACCUUUCGAGUCCUUCAGGUGAUGGGACCUCACUGCACCAACGCAUCCUACAUCCUGCGUGGCUGAGUGAGCACCACUCAGGGAACUCAAAACUACAAGGAAUUGGCACUGGCCCUCGCACCAACCCCUGAGGCACUCCUGAAGAAACAUCGACCUGCAGUGCCAUCCAGAAGGUGCCAUGGCUGACUUGAACUAUGACCCAAUGCAAGGGGAGCAGGGGGGGGAGGAUGGCACUCUCGGAACUGACAUACCGGAUGAAGUUCUGGAUCAUUACGUCAAAGAGUUUGAAGAAAAUGAUGAAUCUCUUUCCCUGCAUGACUUAGAACAGUACCUAGAUGACCCUGGGGAAUUGGCAAUCCCCCAGGAACCCUCCCAGCCUGAGCAUCCUUCCCCCAGUGCCCCAGAACGCCCGCAUUCCCAGGGGAAGUUCGAGAAGCGCUGUGUCAUUAGCAAGGUGGGUGAGAUGGCAGUCGCUGGGGUGGAUGGACUAGUGCCGGAGACGGAUGAAGAAGUGCCAAUGUGUGACAGUGUUCCCAAGGCCUUUGACUACAUGGGUGCCACUAAGGGGGAAGCUGAAGUGCCAUUUAGUGCCAAAAAUAUCAACCUAACUGCCUUGGAUGGGGAUAAAGGAGUGCCAAUUUGGACCUCCCUCACCAAGACCAACAUGGGUGACUCUCAAGCAGGUGGAGUGCCAACAAGUGCCACAAGUUAUCCGGCAUACAGUGGUGGCUCUCUACCGGAAACUGGAGUGCCAACAAGUGCCACAAGUUAUCCGGCAUACAGUGGUGGCUCUCUACCGGAAACUGGAGUGCCAACAAGUGCCAUAAGUCAUCAGGUAUACAUUGGUGGCUCUCAACCGGAAACUGGAGUGCCAACAAGUGCCAUAAGUCAUCAGGUAUACAUUGGCACCUCCAGCGAAGAUUCUGCAGUGCCCAUGAAUGCCGGGAUUGAAACAGAAGUGCCAGCUAUCACGAGUGCCAACCCCUCAACAGAGCUGCAGGGUGCCAGGACAGGGAGCCAGCACAUCGCCGUUAUUGAGCACAGUGACAUUAGUGAGAUGUACAGUAGUAAUCCGCCAACACACAUGUCUUCUCCCACUUUGGAUUUCUUUAACCAGGGUGGCACUCAGACUAGCAAUGCUUCGAACACAGUGCCAGGAAAUGGAAGGCAAAUCAUAUACAGGAUUGGUGGCACUAACAUAAAACUGCCAAUCAACAUGAGUUUUCGUGUCUUCCAAUCUGGCACUGAUAAUGGCACCACAGGAGGAGUGCCACCAAAUCCCACGGUUGGCACUCUGCUCAUGUCGAACCAGCCGAGCAUUUCCAUGAUUGACUUGAAACAGAACACAGGCAGGAAAAUAAAGGAAGAGAAAGAAGACAAAGUACGAGAAGAGGAGGAGGAAGAGAAAGACAUCGCUGGAGGGAAACGGCACAUUGACAAAACGCAGGAAGAGAAUAAGAGAAACAAGCGAAGACGUCAAACCAAGAAGCAAACGGAGGAGGAGGAGGAGGAAAAGGAGAAGGUACCUUGUUACAUGCAGAAGCCUUCCGAAGAUCCAGAACAAGAACGGAAACGGAAGGACGCCAUCCGGGCCAAAAAUGUACGCGAUAAAAAGAAGAACAGAAUGGCGGAACUGGAAAAGGAGAACAAGGAACUGAAGGAGAAGGAGGAGAAAUAUAAGGAAGAAACUGAUCGCCUUAAGAAGGAGAACGAGGGACUGAAGGAGAAGGAGGAGAAACAUAAGGAAGAAAUUGAUCGCCUUAAGAAGGAGAACGAGGGACUGACAGCACAGGUUCAGGGGUGGAGGACCUGGGUGGCGGAACUUCUGACCGUACUGAGGGAGCAGUUCAACAUCAUGGUGGCAUCCUUUGGCACUCCAGGACCAUAGGAGACUGCCUAAGGAAAUCCAAGCCGGUGAGGAGGAGGAGGAAGAAGAAGAAGAAGAUGGGCAAGGUUUAUUAUUAUUGUUAAGUUUCUGCUUCUGGGUGUGGAAGGGUCUCUUGGUAGGGCAGGCAAGUUUUUGUAGUGGCGCCAUCUUGCCUGCCUCACGCUUCCCCCCAGAGGUCAUCUUUGAUCCUCUCCAGAGUCAAGAGUUCAGUAUUGUCAGACAUCCCCGUAUCGUGAGGCAUCCCAUCCUGAAUACAUACAUGAAUUUCGACAUCUGUGCCACCCAAAUGAUGACGUGUGUAUAUACAGAGGAAGGGUCAAACCACCACCAGGGCCACAAAACUACCUCUGGAAAUGCCCCCGAGAACUCCCUUAUAAGCCUUGUUAAAUAUGUUCUAGGUUCACAGUGCAGAAGAAGGAUCAAUCAUCACUUCUACUUCUUGUGACCUGUUCCACUUUGCAUUGCUUCUUAGGUCCCCUUUGGUACUUUUUUACACUUAGAUGCUUCAUUUAGUUACUUUAUGAUAGUGAAGAUUGGGUUCCACGAUGCAAAGUUAACCCGGUAGCAGCAACGGGGCAAAUUUGUGGCUUUACUGUGUACCAGCGACGGGCCAAAUUUGUGGCUUUACUGUGUACCAGCGACGGGGCAAAUUUGUGGCUUUACUGUGUACCAGCGACGGGGCAAAUUUGUGGCUUUACUGUGUACCAGCGACGGGGCAAAUUUGUGGCUUUACUGUGUACCAGCGACGGGCCAAAUUUGUGGCUUUACUGUGUACCAGCGACGGGCCAAAUUUGUGGCUUUACUGUGUACCAGCGACGGGGCAAAUUUGUGGCUUUACUGUGUACCAGCAACAGGCCAAAUUUGUUGCUUUACCAUGUACCAGUGACAGGCCAAAUUUGUUGCUUUACCAUGUACCAGUGACGGGCCAAAUUUGUGGCUUUACCGUGUACCAGCGACGGGGCAAAUUUGUGGCUUUACCAUGUACCAGCGACGGGCCAAAUUUGUGCCAUGAUAUAAACCCCCAAAAAUAGAUGAUACAUAAUCUGAUCACAAAUGCGCUGAUAAAUAUUAUGAAAUGGUUUGCGUGAGUGAUGAUUUUUCUCACUUUGCUUAGAGGGACCACUAAGAAACAUGAUCCCCGCUGCUACCGGGUUAGGGGUGGGAUGGAUUAAAGGCAGGGCAGCAUGUAAGUAGUAUAGUCUGUUUCAUUCCGUCUGUCCACUCAAACGCUGCAUGUUAGAUUGUCGAAUGCUUAUUGCUACAUAAACGCCGAUGUGUUUCAAAAUAGAAGCUGCUGGCAGCUUGAUGGUGACUGAAAAUAAUUGGCAACUUGUCUGUAGGGGCGGAAGGGAUGUGAACCGGUGUCCUCCCCCCCCUAGUUUAAGUGGAGAAGGAGGUGGAGGAGGAAGAGGUGAAGAGAGAGUAGAAAAAGAAAAGAUUGAUUAGUAAAACAAAUGAAAACAAAUAUAUAAUGAGAAGGAGGAGGAGGAGGAGGAGGAGGAGGCAGUAAAGAAGAAGAUAGUGAAAUGGAAAACCACACAAUAAAAAAGAAAAGAAAUAGAAGAAAAAGAAGAAGAUUUUGACAGUAAAGAAAAAAAAAAUAGAGGAACAAAAAAAGUAUAGAAUCUCACCCAACCUAACUUUCUCUCACAAACGACAAAACAAACAAACAACAGCGAUUCCGUCCGUAACAUAAACUCCGUGACAUUCCUCGACUCGUACAAAUCCCCGGUUGUGACGUCUAUGCUCGUAACCAACAAAUGCACUCACAGUCCCCCACCCCCCGCCCCAUUCUCAUCCACUACAGUAUUUAAAACGACGCUCAAUGUAUAGAUGCCUGCGCCCUUUUCGCAUAGAGUACAAAAAUUCCCUAGCUAUAAACGCGGGUAUCUUGUACCUGUCCCUGUUACCUCAAUGCAACGCUCACUGCCAGCUGACUAUAAGCGCCUGUAUUUUUCAUCCCUGUUGCUGUUGUUGCGUCUAUACCCAUCCUGUCCUUUCCCUUGCCUUCCCUUCUCUUCUUCCUUCUCUAUCCCUUCCUUUCCUUUCUUUUCUUUUCCUUCCUUUUUCUUCCUAUCCUAUGCUAUCCCUUCCCUUUCCUUUCUUUUCUUUUCCUUCCUUUUUCUUCCUAUCCUAUGCUAUCCCUUCCCUUUUCUUUCCUUCCCUAUUCCUUCCUUUCCUUUCUUUCCUUCCCUAUCCAUUCCUUUCCUGUCCCUUUCCAUCCCUUCCCUUCUCCUUCAUUCCCUAUCCCUUCCUUCCCCUCCCUCCUUUUCCCUUCCCUUCCCUUCUCUUCCCUUCUCCUUCCUUCCCUUCCCUUAUAUAAAUACAUUAACAUAAGCAUAAGCAAAGACAUGUUAGCAUAGAUAAAGAACCAAUCUCAUGUCAACUAUUUUCAAAGGUUGUAAAGAAGGUCAGUCAGGUCCAAAUGAGCGUUUUCUUAGGUUCAUGGUACAAAGGAAGGGUCAAACCACCACCAGGGUCACAAAACAACCCCUGGAAAUGCCCCAAAACUCACACGAAAGGCUAGUCAAAUGCGUUCUUUUAGGUUCAUGGUGCAGAGGAAGGGUCACAAAACUACCCCUGGAAAUGACCCAAAGACUCCAACGAAAGGCUAGUCAAAUGCGUUCUUUUAGGUUCAUGGUGCAGAGGAAGGGUCACUAAACUACUCCUGGAAAUGACCCAAAAACUCCAACGAAAGGCUAGUCCAAUGUGUUCUUUUAGGUUCACGGUACAGAGGAAGGGUCACAAAACUACCCCUGGAAAUGACCCAAAAACUCCAACGAAAGGCUAGUCCAAUGUGUUCUUUUAGGUUCACGGUACAGAGGAAGGGUCAAACCACCACUAGCAUAAACAGACACGAAAUAGCAAAGAUAAAUAGCUAGAUAUAGAUACUUAAGUAGGACGGAGUCACAGAGAAAAUGACGGUGAGAGAAAAAUGCUACAUAGGAACCUGAGAUUCAUAUGACGGUUGUGAUCUGAAUGUAUAUUUGUCAUUUCACUCAAUUGGCUAGUCACAAAGGCUUUAAUUAGAGAAUAUUGUUAACUACCCAACACCUCCUCACCCCCCCCGGUACAGCUUGCAAAACAAACACACCUACGCUUAAUAGAGAGUCGUACCUCGGUUUAUGAGUUAAAUUCCCUCUGGAAAUUCACUCUGGAAAUUUGCCAUGGAAAUUCGCUGUGGAGAUUAGCUCUAGAAAUUCGCUAUGGAAAUUCGCUAUGGAAAUUCGCUAUGGAAAUUCACUCUGGAAAUUCGCUCUGGACUUUUUUUGGGGGGUCGUAAAUCUAAUCUCUUGUAAAUUAGGGCGCUUUUAAACCAAGGUAUUACUCUAUAUCUGACAAUCUAUAUUUUUAUGUACUGACAGACACUAAAGCAGGUGUGAUUUUGAUAAAGAUAGAACUGAAUGAUCUGUGUGUGUGUGUGUGUGUGUGUGUGUGUGUGUGUGUCAGAUUGCUUUAUAUUGUACGCAUAUUAUUGGAACCAUAUACUAUAUUGUUUAAUAGUCUUUAUUAUAAAAAAAUAAACAAACAAAAACAA